AUUUGUUUGAUCUUAUCGUAAGGCCCCAAGUAACGUUGAGGAAAGACGACAGAUAGAGAGACAUGAAACUAUCAUCGUGGGCAACGGGUUUAUCCCUUUUGACCGGGGCUCUUUCAUCGUUAACCGCAGAUGAACUGGCAACAUCGAAGUUACCCUCGAACGUUAUAGAGAUUAAUGAGUCGAACUUCGACUCCAUACUUACAGGACCUCGUGACUACUACACAGCAUUGCUGUUUACCGCCUUGGAUGACUCUGUGGGGUGUGCUCCUUGUAAGAAAUUUGAACCUGUGUAUCACAAGAUUGCGAGAAGUUAUCAAGACUCAAACCCUGGUAAGAAUGACAUCUUGUUCUUCAAGGCCGAUUUCUCAAACAACCAAAAGAAGUUUAUCGAUCUCCAGAUGCUCCAAGUACCUCAUCUCUGGAUUUACCCUCCAAGCACCGAGCUGGCUUAUAACGUCACAAGCCCUCACUUUGAGUACAAGAUUGGCGAUCAUUCAUCAAAGGAUCCAUUGCACUAUGCAAACUUUGUCUCCAAAUUGGUGAAUGCAAACAUCGUUGUCCAUGAAGAUUUUGACCUGACUCAAUUCUCGAAGUAUUUCUUUACAACGUUUUUCGCUGUUUUAGUGCUGAAGAAGAAGGUGCUGAGUAAGUUGGCUUCGAGAUUAAUAUUCUGUUUGAUUUCGAUCUUGACAAUUGUGGUUUUUACGUCUGGUUAUAUGUUUACCGUUAUUCGUAAUAUACCCUUGCUUUCUAAGAAUGAAAAGGGUGAAAUCAUGUACUUCAGUGGUGGUACACAUUGGCAAUUUGGAUCUGAGGUGUUUAUCAUUGGAGGUAUCUAUCUGGGAUUUGUAUUUCUGAUCAAUGGAUUGGUUGUGGUAAUUCCAAAGAUUGACAAUCCAGCAAAGAGAAACACAUUGACGUUAUGCGCUUGCUUCUUCGUUUUUUGGCUCUUCAAUAGAUUGACAUCUAUCUACAAGAUCAAAGACCCUUCUUACCCAUACCAAGUUGCAUCUUGGCUUUGAAAGGGACGCUGACGUUAUGGGGUACUCAUGCUUCAGGAUAUCUUUAUUCAUUGAUGACCAGAAUUGCCUUAAAGGACGUUUAAAAAUAUUUAUUAUCAUGUAAUUGGAGACAGUUUAUAGAUAUAAUGAAGAAAAAAAACAAGCAAAAAACACAUAAACAUGCAAUGAAACAGAAGAA